AUGAGUGAAGGGCCUCUAUACCUGGGGUUCGACCUCUCGACCCAACAAUUGAAGGCCAUUGUCGUUCAAUCUGACCUGAACGUUGUUUAUGACGCCAAAGUCGACUUCGACCAAGACUUCGGUUCCAAGUACAAGAUUAAGAAGGGUGUGCUAGUUGACGAUGCGGAAGGUGAAGUCUUUGCUCCUGUAGCCAUGUGGCUCGAGUCACUCGACUUAGUGCUCCAACGGCUACAGGAUAAAAAGGCACCUUUGAACCGGAUCCGGGGCAUCUCUGGGUCGUGCCAACAACACGGGAGCGUCUACUGGAGUAGGCAGGCCGAGACGUUGCUCGGUGGUCUCAAGUCAGACAAGGCGCUCGUCGAUCAGCUGAAGGAGGCCUUUUCCCACCCACACGCACCGAACUGGCAGGACCACAGCACCCAACGGGAAUGCGACCAAUUCGAUGCCGAACUUGGGUCCCCGGAUCGCUUGGCUGAGGUGACAGGGAGCGCGGCCCAUCAUCGCUUCACUGGCACGCAAAUCCUGCGCCUUAGGAAAAAGCUCCCCGAUAUGUACGCCAAUACGUCCCGAAUCUCCCUCGUCUCGUCCUUCCUCGCUUCCCUCUUACUCGGCACCGUUGCCCCCAUGGACAUCAGCGAUGUUUGCGGUAUGAACCUCUGGGACAUCUCCCAGAACAACUGGUCCGAGCCGCUCUUGGAGCUCACGGCCGGUAAGGAUGGCGUGUCAGAACUCCGCAGCAAGCUGGGUGAAGUGCGCCACGACGGUGGAGGUAGCAUGGGCGGGAUUAGCAACUACUUCAUCUCCAAAUACAACUUCAGCCGGGACUGCCAGGUUGCCCCCUUCACAGGAGACAACCCGGCCACCAUCCUGGCCCUGCCACUACGCCCACUUGAUGCCAUCGUCAGUCUAGGUACCAGCACUACUUUCCUCAUGAGCACGCCUGUGUACAAACCAGACUCGAGCUACCAUUUCUUCAACCACCCAACCACCCCUGGCCAGUACAUGUUCAUGCUCUGCUACAAGAACGGCGGUCUGGCCCGCGAGAAGGUCCGCGAUGCCGUACCCAAGUCCUCCAACGCAGACGACACCUGGGCCGCUUUCAACCACCACGCUCUCAACACCCCGCCCCUCGACCUCAAGUCUUCCACCGACCGCGCGAAGCUAGGCCUGUACUUCGACAAACCCGAGAUCGUCCCCAACAUCCGCGCCGGCACCUGGCGGUACACAUGCGACGCCGCCACCGGCGCCAAUCUGCAGGAAGAGACCGGACAAUGGGAGGCCGAGACCGACCCCCGGAUCAUCGUCGAGUCACAAGCUCUCUCGAUGCGUCUGCGCAGCCAGCGCCUCGUGACGUCACCCGACGGCAACAACAAGCUCCCCGCACAGCCACGACGUAUUUACCUCGUCGGUGGCGGCUCGCUCAACCCCGCGAUCGCGCGCAUUGUCGGUGAUGUGCUGGGCGGUGCCGAUGGUGUGUAUAAACUGGACGUGGGCGGCAAUGCGUGUGCAUUGGGGGGUGCCUACAAGGCCGUGUGGGCAUUGGAGCGGUCUGAGGGCGAGACGUUUGACGAGUUGAUUGGGAAGCGUUGGAAGGAGGAAGGGGCUAUUCAGAAGGUGGGCGAUGGGUACCUCGAGGGUGUGUUUGAGAAGUAUGGCGCCGUUCUCGGCGCUUUUGAGGAGAUGGAGAACCGGAUUUUGAAGGUAGCAAAGAAUCAGUAG